CUGCUCCCCGCGAUGCGGCUCUUCACUACUGCUCUCGCGGUCCUGCCCGCCUUCGCAUACGCGCAGAACCUCGACAUCACCGUCACCAAGUCGGUUGAGUGCACGCGCAAGACCCAGAAUGGCGACACCGUGCAGAUGAAGUACAAGGGCACGCUCACAGACGGGACACAGUUCGACUCCAACUUCGACAGUGGCCGGCCGUUUGCGUUCAAGAUCGGCGCCGGCCAGGUCAUUGCCGGGUGGGACAAGGGCCUGUUGGGCAUGUGUAUUGGGGAGGGCAGAAAGUUGACCAUCCCCCCGAACAUGGCGUAUGGGAGUCAGCGGGUUGGGCCGAUUCCUGCGGGCAGCACGUUGAUCUUUGAGACCGAACUUCUUGGUAUCACGGGCGUGAAGGCUGAGCCAGCAGCGAAGGAAGAGACCACCAUGCCUACACCUCCUGCCGAGGCAUCCAGUUCUGUGGCAUUUGCAGUACCCACUGCUGAACCGUCGAGCAUCGCGAGCGCCAAGGGCAAACACCCCCUCGACGGCGAAGAUGGUAAUGGCGAAUGCAACCUCCUCGGCGACUUCGCCCUGCUUGUCCAGGGCGCUCUGGGUCUGCUGGCCGUGUCAUCCCUCGCGAUCAAGAGGUUGAGGGAACACCCCCGCCGACCGAUGAAGAUCUGGUUCUUCGACGUGUCCAAGCAGGUCUUUGGUUCCGUGCUGCUGCAUCUCGCGAACGUUCUCAUGUCCAUGUUGUCUUCCGGCCAAUUCGACGUUCAAGCCCAGACACAACAAGCAGCACUCACCGCCGUAGCAGCCGAGAAGGGCGAUGAGCCGAAUCCGUGUUCGUUCUACCUGCUCAACCUAGCCAUCGACACAACAAUCGGCAUACCCAUCCUCGUCCUCCUCCUCAAAAUCUUCCACCGCGCCUUCCUCCUCACGCCCCUCGCCUCGCCCCCCGAAUCCAUCCGCAGCGGCAACUACGGCCACCCACCCCGCGCCACCUGGUGGCUCAAGCAAUCCAUAAUCUACUUCCUGGGCCUGAUCGGCAUGAAGCUCUGCGUUCUCGCCAUCUUCGCCCUACUCCCGUGGAUUGCGUGGGUUGGAGAUUGGGCGCUGCGAUGGACAGAGGGCAAUACCGCGCUGCAGAUUACGUUCGUCAUGUUUGUGUUUCCGCUGAUUAUGAAUGCGCUGCAGUAUUGGAUUGUGGAUGGGUUUAUCAAGGAUCCUGCUGGGCAAGAGUCGGGAUACCAGGGUGUUGGAGGGGAGGAUGAGGACGAGGAUGAUGAUGAGUGGCUUGAAAGGCAGAGGAGGAGGCGUGAGGCGGGGAUUGAUGGAGACGACAGUGAUGUGGAAGACGGUGAGAGCAGGGGGUUGAAGGAGGCGAAUCCUACGGCCGUCCCGGCAAGGCAGCAGUAUGACCCAGCAAUUGAUGGGGAG